AUGUCGAAUUUUCAACGAACAAGAAGUAAGGUGUGGUGGGGUGAUUCACCACCGACUGUCAGCAGUCCUGUGGCUGAACCUGCUUGGAGUCCAAAUAACCGAGCAGAUCAAAAUUGGGAGCCUCAAUUGCCGCACUGGAUCGCUAACCAACCCGAACAAAGAAACAACAGCGUUGAUAACAUAGCAAGAGCGAACAAUGCUCCCAACCAAUGGCCGUUACGUCACGGCAGUCCUGGCAGUCACAAAAGCCAAGACUCCGGAUUCUCCGAUUCUGAUAGUUCUCCGCCAGUUUCACAGUAUUAUUCAUCACCGGAUAACUCUGACAGAAAUAAGUCAUCUGGUAGUAAUGAUUCGAAUAAUAAUGAAAAUAUCACUGUUAAGCAAGCUAUAGAUUUUGAGAGUCAAGAUGUUACUGACAGUCCAAACACAAAUAGUCCAGUGACGCCAACACCGAAACCUCGCUUACGCAGUAGCAGUGUUAUACAGACUCCAUAUGAUCUUCAAAAAUAUUGUGAAGUACAUCACGAUAAAGAGCACUUGGAACUCCUAAAAGAUAAUAACAAUGACGAAAUAAGUAAGUAUCCUUCUCCAAAGAAUAUGAAUAGCCCGUUGCCGGAUGAUAACAGAAAUAAAAGUAGUGACAAAAUUAUUUGUCCUAAAUCUACUAACAAUAUUAGUAAUAAAGAAAAUAAUUUAAAUACAAGUGCAAUAGAAAAAGAUACCAAAGAUAUAUCUGUAAUUAAUAAGAACUUAAAUGUAUUAAGCCCCUCAAAAAAGUACCCUCCGAAAAAGUUUGUUUCUAGUACGGAUAGCACUAAAAUCAGCAAAGUAGCGAAAGUGAAGGACUUAGAAACAAGUAAAAAUAAAUCAGAUGAUAGCUUGGAAUAUAUCAAAUUGGCUCACAAUAAUGAAAUAGCAGUUAAUAAUCAACCAAGAAAUAGAACACCUAUUUCUAAUGUCUCUUAUGUACCUACUGAAAGAAUUAUAGCUGUCAAACCUGAAUACAGGCGAAGUAUGUCAAAUGAAGAUGAAACACCAAUCUGUACAACACCCAAAUUUCAGAGAAACAGAUUAAAUCAAUCAUUAAACUUUGAAGCACAGAGGCUAGAUCAACAAAUAUUAGACAUUCACGAAGGGUACCAUUCUUUAGGAUACAUUGAUGAGAAUGAUUUACAGGAAGAAAAGAAAAUGUAUCCAAAAGAACAAAUGCACAAACCCACGAAAGCCAUACUAGCCAAGAAUAUAUUGGAUAGCUUGCAUUUAAAGCCAACAAAGAAAGCUGGGCCCAAAGCCAAACAAAGAAUGGCAGCCAAAGAAAAGACAAAAGAUCUUUUAAGGAUAUUUCCAUCGAAAAAAGGUAAAACUGAAGUAGCAGAAAAUCAAGCUGGUGGUAUACUCGAUGGAAGUCGGGUACCAGCUCUUGGCCUACCCAGAACAAUAGACCAAAACUCAUGGGUGAUCGUAGGCCACCCACAAAAAGAAAUGCUGAUACCUCACUACAAUGAAAGGCUAAUUGGUACUGAAAGUGAAUUACAAGCCAACAAAGACAAAUCAAGCAGUGACGAGAGUCUCAAAUUUAGAAAGGUCACACCACCGCUGGAGUUCCAAGAUAAGCAAAAGACACCGUAUGAGACAAACACGAAAAUCAAUAAAAGUUUAACGCAUGACACUAAACGAGAAAAAUUAAAAGAUGAAGAGAUGAAUUUUGCCGAUUUACAACUAGACUUAGCUUGUACCUCCACACCAAAAAUGUUGGCGCCUCAAGACUACAUGAACGGCGCCCAAAGCGGUUCCAAAAAUGUGAGACGCGUGAACCUAUUAGAGAACUUCAAUAGCAGCGGGCUUGUAUUGAAUAAUCAAAACGAGAUACUAUAUAGAGAAAGGAGUAUAGACCAGACGACUUUGGAGAGAUUAUGUGACCGGAAGCCCGAGCCAGUGCAGUAUUGGUUAUGUGACCUAGUUGGUUCCUGCGAGAACGAGUGUAUGACGACGUUGCAAAGCAAGCCGUUAGGCGCAGAAAUGAAAGCACUAGUCUCGGCCAGUUCAGCAACAAUUACGGGGAACAUCAAAAAAGUCCAAACUCACGGUCAGAUUAUAGUCCACCAGUACAGUGACGUCUUGAGGCAAAUGGAAUUGAAGCAAAUCAGCGAAGAACAGAUAUGCCUAUUAGUCGCAAAUAUCAAUGAAUUCGUUCUGGCACAUAGUAUAACCUUAAACACGAAGCCCCCAGGCGAAACGCCAGAGAGAUGGGACAAAAUCAAAAUGUCCUUGCAGCUGUAUUUGCAGAAGUUAAUAGAUAUAGGUGAGGACGUCAAGAUUGAGUUGAACGAGUCCUGUCCCGAGUGGAACCUGGUCGAGAAACAUAUAGAUACGUUGAUCGGUAUCUUCUUGGAAACAACAAAGGCUGUUCUUGUUCAGCAGAUGAAGACACUGGUUUCAAUAAUCGAAGAGCCACCGUCGGACAUGAUUUUGAAAAGCACACUUACUUCAAUCGGCCACUUGGCUAUGCUAAGUGGUAAUACCGAGGGAAAUCUUCACGACAAGUGCACGAAGAUCAUCAAGAGUAUCACCGACCUGCCAUUCGUGGACUGUGGGGUGCCCCGGGCGCUUUUAACAGCUAUUAUUGAGUCAAAUAAAAGUUCUGUUAAAGCUCUGUCUUUGAGGGCGUUAGCUACUGUUUGUAUUACGGGUGAAGCUAUCAAACAGUUUGAAGAGGGCGGUGGUAUAGAAAUCUUGUCGGAUAUACUGUCAGACGAAUCGAACCCGGAGCCGCAAAUGCGUGAGGCGAUCACUGUUCUGACUCAAAUCACUGCGCCGUGGUUGAGGGGUCACCACGACUUAACACAGCUACAUGUAUAUUUGAACACGAUCGUGAAUAAUAUUACUGGCCUGCUCUUCCGAACCGAGUGUUGCCAGCUUCUGUUACUAUGUACAGCUUGUCUCGUGAACUUAGUCCGCGAACUGGAGUUGGAAAAAGAGGAAUCUAGCAACUCUGACAUCAUAGAAGUGCUGACACGUCACCGUACCGUUGAGCGUCUCCUUGAUGCUAUUAAACGUCGUGGGCCGAAUAUUUCUGUGUUCUUACAGGAACAAACAGCAUCGCUCCUUUCAUCACUAUCCCGAGUGAACCGAAUGAUCCUUCACCUGUCGUGUAUUCCGUCAGCCAGUGUAGCACUCGUGUGUUUCGUCCGAGCUGCGCCCGCGCAUGCUCCAAGGGCUGCAGAGAUGCGCGCGCAGCAUCGACUGCAUUGCCAUGCUGCUGAAGCUAUAUCCAGACUCACCGUCGUCUCUGAAGUGGCCCAACAAAUAGUUCAACUAGAGGGCGUUCCCCAUCUCACCCGUUUAGUUAGGAUGCAGAGAACGCGCCCUCACGUCGAUACAAACCCGGACCAGACGUUGAUUCAUUGUUUAAAAGCCUUAAGAACGAUAUACAAACAUCAACCGGAUGCUUUUAAAGACUACCAGAAGGACGUGGAUGAUAUGAUUCGGCCACAUUUGAUGGAAUCUCUGAUGCUCUUCUCGGCAAAGCAAGAGAGUUAUGUUUGA